AUGAUGGACUACGCUCGACUUCGACGACGGCAUCAGAGAGGGGGAUUGACAUGGGAUUUAUGGUUGUUGACGAUGAUGGCAAAAAUGUGGCUGGGAGUGGGGAUGGGAUGGAGAUGGAUAGCAGCGAUGGCGGUGCCUGAUGUGAUGACGCUUGUGAAGAGGGAGGGGGUGGACGGCGGUGGAUUGCGGGUGUUUGUGAGCGGCACGUUGUGCUAUGAGUGCGUGAUGAGGAUGGGCUGUCUUUCUGCCUUCUGCGAGAUGAGGAUGACUGUCGUGGAGAAGGUGCUGCCAAGUCUUUGCGACUCAGAUGAGUGGCGGCUGCCGUCAGCUCCUCAGGCGCGAAUGGAUUGCUGCGUGAACGUGGUCUUUUCUGUUGAGGUUCGCUGA